GACGUUUUUUGUUCGCUAUACCGUAGUGUUGCACGAUAUUAAGUCAAUCAUGAACUUUGUUUAUGUUUUAUAGAAAUAUGUGAAUAGUUAAUGGUAAAAAUCAAGAUAUACUAAUAAGAUAGAAUCUAAACUAAUGAUGAUAACGGAGUACGAAGAAGAUACCCACUUCUGUAUUAAAUGUCAUGUUACCAUACUAGGUUUGGAAAAUUACAUCAACCACCGAAAAGCAGGAUGUUCGAAGAAUUUAACCGAAUCUCCAAAAUCACCUCUUCCUAGUCAACUCCUACCUCCAGAUGAAUCGUUUAAUUUAAAAGCUGACGAUUUUUUUUCAUCACUGGAACUACGGAGUAGUUCGAAAAAACCUGAAGGCCAGUCUGCACAAGGAAAAACUUUUAGUGGUAUUCUAACCAGGAGUAAAACAACAGCAGUGAUUCAAGCGAGUUCCAGUAAUGUAAAAGAGCAACAGGAACCACAACAAUCAAAAUCUGGCAAGAACGUCUGGAUAGGAGGACAUCAAUUAAAGGAGCUUGGCCACGGUGAUAAUCAAUCUAAAUUAAUAAAAGCUGUAGAUAAUUUGGAAAGGAGAAAAGAAGAACCUCAAAAAUUAGAAGUGUUCGAAGAAAGUGACGAAGAUUCCGAAGAAUACGAUUACGAUGAAGAUGAUAGUAGUACUGAUGAUCAAGAUGGUCCUCCAAGAAAUCACACAGGAGGGAAGUGGAAACCUUCGUCUCCCAUUCAAUGGUCACGAAAUAAUGAAGGUAGAGAAUGGAAUCAUCCACCACCUUCUUUCACGGGAGGUAAAUGGAAACCAAAACGAUCAACAUCUCCUCCUGUGAAUUAUACCAAAGGUAAAUGGAAACCAUCUUUUUCCCAAAAAGACGAUUAUAGUGUACCACCUCCAACAUUCACAGGAAGUAAAUGGGUUUCCAAGAAAACCGAAGAUCUAGACGUUCCUCCACCGAAUUUUACCGGUAGCAAAUGGGUGGCUUCUAAAAGACAAGAUCCUGAAAUUCCACCUCCAACUCACACUAAAGGAAAAUGGAAACCAAGAGGUGAUGAAGAACAAUUCACAACUGGUGGUAAAGGUAAAUGGAAACCGAGCGAAAGUAUAGAAGACGAUAUACCACCUGUUAAUUAUACAAAAGGUAAAUGGAAGCCUCGAUCAGAUAUAGAAGAUGAAUAUCCUCCUCCAACUCAUACGAAAGGUAAAUGGAAACCAAGAAAUGAAAACGACGAGGAAUUCCCUUCAACUUCAUAUACCAAAGAAAAAUGGAAACAAAAAGCAACAGUCGAAAUGGAAAUUCAAGCCUCACAUAAAUCUAUACCGACGGAAGAUGCCCCGGAAGAAAACUACACAAAAGGGAAAUGGAUACCGUCAGGAGAAAUCCAGAAUAAAUUCACGAAAAAAAUUACGGAUAACUUACUUUUAAGAAAAUCGAGCGGCGCUGUGCAGUACUGGUGUACCCCUUGUAACAGAAGAUUAGCUUCUAAGGUAGUAUACGAACGCCAUCUCAAAUCUGAACUACAUUUCAAACGAACAUCCAGAGACGGAGAGUUUGAUGAAACUGAUGAAUUGGCAUUGAUAAAGGAAGCUCGUAGAACGAAACUUAAACCACCCGAAUAUAUAUUUAGCAACCAAGAACAAAUCCAACCCAAAAAGAGACGACAAAGAUGUAAGAAGAAUCAGAAAUCUGAAGUUUAUCCCUGUAAUAAAGAAGACAUUGAAUUAGAAGCUGCUAAAGCUAUGAUACUUGGGAACGUUAGAGAUGUGGUGUUGGAGAGUCCAUAUCAAUGUAGUCCUUGUAAAUUCUUCUGUAACUCUUUGGAAGACUUGUUACGGCACUGGCUUUCUUCUGAACAUAAAAACAACCCAUCACCUGGUUACUUCCAUUGUAAUAUUUGUAAACAUCGCGCCGAAGAUACCGAAGCUAUGUACCAACAUUUAAUAUCAACACAACAUGCCGAAAUGACGGCGAUAAAUAGAUCUGUACCUAUCGUUAUCAAGAAAUACAAUCCGACCAAAUGUCCAACUUGUAAUGAGGAAUUUCUGUUGAACAUGCAACUGUUGAACCAUUGCAAACAAUUCCAACACGACGAUACUGAAGUGAAGAAGUUCAAAAAUGAGUACAUAUGCGAUAUAUGCGGAGAAGGAUUGUUGUCAAAUAUGUCCCUUAGACGGCACAAACAUAUUAUUCAUAAACAAAAAUAUUUUAUUUGUACGCCUUGUAAUUUGAAAUUCGAUGAUAUCAACGAGGCCAAAUUGCAUAGGAAAUCGCAGCAACACAAAUAUAAAAGCUUGGAAAAACAAAAUUGUACCAAUCUCAAGAAGAAAUGUCAAUAUUGUGAUGCUUGUUUUGGAAAUUUUCUGUUGUUGAAACAGCAUCUGCGGAGUGAUCAUCCCGAACAUAACGUUAGAUGUCCACAUUGUGGAGCAACCUUCACAAUCACUCAAGAACUAACAACUCAUCUUCGUUUGAAACAAUGCAAAUUCGAAGAGCAUCCAGAAACAAUAGAGAAUUCCCUCCAAUGUGAAAAAUGUCCGUUUUAUUCGAACUCAAUAUCGGAACUAUUUUUCCAUAUAGCUCUCCACGAAGAACCUUUAGUCAACUAUCAAAAUCACACCGAAUCUUCUUUGGUUAAAGCUAUACUGAAAUACAAAUGUCCGGUUUGCGAGAAUUUCUACCCAAAAGCGUCGCUACAAGGUCAUAUUAGACAACACACGCAAGACAGACCUUUCGUUUGUACAAUAUGCGGUAAAAGCUUCGCCAGAAAAAAUAAUCUUCAAUUCCAUAUGAAAAAUCAUGGAAAGAAAGUCGAAAAAGCUCGAUUGAAGCAAGCUGCUGCUGAAACAUCGUUUCUAUGCUGUACUUGCGGUGCUAACUUUAAAAAGAAAUCGAUUCUUCAACAACACAUGCAAACACACACCGGAAAAUUGUGCAAAUGUCCUCACACCGGCUGUAUAUUCACCGCCAGAAAAAUGAGUGAAAUAAAUGAACAUUGCAAAAUACAUUCCGACGACAAGAAUUUCUCUUGCGACCUUUGCGACUAUAAAGGAAAAACAAAAUCGCUAUUAGCAAAGCACAUGAAAAUUCACAGAGAGAUCAGAAAGUUUCAAUGCAAACAUUGUUCGUUCACUACAAGGAAUACUCAGCAUCUCCGAAGACACAUCAGAAUACAUACCGGGGCUAAACCGUUCAGUUGUCCUCAUUGCGACUAUAAAUGUAGCAAUUUAGAAAAUUUGAGGAAGCACGUUCUUUCCACCAACAAACACAUCGGGAAAUUUUUGUACGAAUGUAAAUUUUGUACCGAAGGCUCAAUACAUUUUCAAAGUAACUUCGCAAAAGAUUUCAAAGUCCAUUUGGUUACGGAGCACGCGCAAAUGUUUGACAAUAGUAACGAAGCUACUUCCUACAUUGCCGGUAUUUACGACGUCCAUGAUGAUAUCGUUCAAGUUUUCAUCGAGACUGCUCCAGAACAAAAAAAUAUUCAAGAAUUGCCAUCUGCAGAAGACAGAGAUGAAGAACUUUCAAAACUCAACACUGAUGACGAUCCAGUAGUUUGUCAACCAGAGGCAGAUGUUCCAUCUACUUCAGGAAAAGAUCAUUUGAUGCAAAGAUUAAUAAUCCCCAAGUACGAUUGUGAUACUGUAGAAAAUCUCCCUGAUUCUUGGAGCUUAGUAGGAAAAUAUGACGUCGAAGAAGCUUCUGGAACUCUCAUUCCUUUCGAAAGUGACAGUGAAAGUUUAUUUCAAGAGCAUUUCCAAUGAAUUUUUGAUUAAUUUUAUCCACGUUCGAAUUAAUAAUAUUGUAUAUUACAGUUCACAAAACUUUGAGUUC